UUAUCUGAAUUGAUCAGACAUUUGCCUCUGAAUAGUUAAGCAAUAUACUAGCUCUUAAUGGUUCAGACCUCUUACUGGUUCAGCACUUAAUGGUUCAGACCUCUUACUGGUUCAGCACUUACCCAUUCAGAAAUGUCUGAAUGGUUAAGAGAUUUGCCUCUGAAUGGUUAAGUAUUAUACAGAGUCUGAAUGGUUAAGACCUCUUAUCUGAAUUGAUCAGACAUUUGCCUCUGAAUAGUUAAGCAAUAUACUAGCUCUUAAUGGUAGCGCUCAGCCUCCCCUUUCCAGUUUCACGUUACCCAACCCGACUAUUUCCGGGUCGGAAUAAAAUGUACUCCCUCCGGGGUCUGGGUCUCGACGGCGGCGACUUUACCCACCACCACCACCACCACCACCACCACCACAACCACCACCAGGCCGUCAUGUCCUUGGACGGAACCAACCUUCCCGGAGAUGCCUGUCUUGUUCUCACCGCCGACCCCAAGCCCCGCCUCCGCUGGACUGCCGAGCUGCACGACCGCUUCGUCGACGCCGUCACACAGCUCGGCGGACCCGACAGUUAGUUCUCGCUCUUUGAUUAAUUUCUGCUUUUUUCCUUUUUAGAUAAUACCAAAAAAAGAUUUCCUUUUUGUUGGGAUUUAUCUUCUUUCUUCUCCUCAUGAAAGCUGGGAUCUUGGAUUCUGCUGCUGUAAAAUCCCUUUGCUUUUCUUGAUUUCUUUUGUCUUUUCGCGUCUGGACAGAAAAUUAAAGAUUUUAUCAUUACCCCGAAUGAAUUCUUUUUAAUAAAAAGAAUUUGGUUUCACUUUUAGUAAAAUUUAAUAAUGUUGCUUCUUAUGAUUAGGCAAAGACAACCUUUGAAUCGCAAUAAAUGAAGGGGUCUUUU